AUGAAAAUAACAUGCAUCAUGAAAGCAUAUCAUUAACAAUAUAAGAGCACAGAAAGUGAGUCUGAUCUGAGCAAUUGUUCACAAUGCACAGAAUCUGUGUUUUCGUCGCUCUUUGUCUGUACGCUGCGUAUGGAUAUGAAUCAUGUGACCAGAAGAUAAUGGAGGACACAAUUUGUAGUCUUUGUAGUCAGCGUAAAGGAAGUGAGCAACAGGAAGCAGGUCGGCAGGUUGCCUUUUUUGUCUACAUGUCCCAAAAUGUUUUGAUCAACACAAUUUCCAAAUACAAAACAUUCGUCUACGAUCGAGUUGAAACCAAUGUUGGAAACGGCUUUAACGUGCAAACGGGUAACUUCACUGCGCCAGAAAGCGGGGUCUAUGUGUUCCAUACAACCACGGCCGCAUUCGACAAAUCUCACAGUACCAUAGAGAUCGUUGCCAAUGGUCAGGUGAAAGACAUCACGUGGGCUGACGCCAUGGAUCACAAUGACAGGGCAGUCGCCUCCUCAAUGACCGUCCUAAGUCUGACGGGAGGGGACGUCGUUUAUGUCCGGGUGGGUUUAUUAUUUGCGGGAAAUUAUCUGGAGAGUAAUCAAUACACAAGAAUGAGUUUCUCUGGAUUCAAACUGGCGUAAAGAAAAGAUUCGAUGUUUGUUUUCACUCUCACCAUUUGUUUAUGCGUUGGUCAUGUGCUCAUUUUUUCUAAAUAAU